GCCGGACCCUUAUUUACCGAAGUCCCAAAAUGGCCGCCCUUCGAAUUUUCGCACGCGUCAACCUCAACGCGAUUCUGAGCUCCGGUCGUUCGUUGAACCAUGCCGCGACGAGGUCUCGCGCGAUCGCGCCCGUUGUCGCUCAGACUCAACACAGGUGGAGCAGCUAUAAAUCAUCUCCUAUAUAUACAAAACCUGAGGAUUACACAAAUUAUGAGAUAACUAAAGAUCCAAAUGAAUGGAAAUAUGUAGAACGUUUACUGCCAUACAAAACGAUACCUAAACCACCCACUGGAAAUAUUGAGUUGCCAUCUGGUUGGAAACCACAACUUGCUUCACCAACAGAUUAUCCAUAUUUUAUAAAUCGUUCAAGAAAUUACAUGUUUCCUGUGUAUCUGAAAAUAACGCACAGAGGAAUGAGAAAGAUUACAGUUGUUAACAAAAUUGAAGGAAACAUCUGGACAUUAGAGCAUGAUCUAAGAACUUAUUUAGAGAACUAUGGAGAAUUCAAACGUAUUAUCGGUACUCAGAUACACGAGUUUGCGGGUAUAAUUAAAUUUAAAGGAGACUAUGUGUCCCGUAUUAAGGAAUGGUUGCAAAUGAAAGGGUUCUAAGAGCCCUUACGUUUAAUAAUAAAUUGUUAUUUACUGUAAAUAUAGAAAAAAUAAUGAAUCUUUGUUGCUAAAUAUAUAUCACUGUACCUUUUAUAUA